AUGCUCGUUUCGAUUCAGCUUCCUUCGUCAAUGAAGUGCUCUACAAUGGUAGCAAAUACACAACACCAUGCUGUGAUUCUUGCAUUUGCACUAAAUCAAUUCCUCCUAAGUGUGAAUGUCAUGAUGUUGGAGAAACAUGCCACUCAGGUUGCAAAAAUUGCUCUUGUUAUUUUGUUGAACCACGAGAGUGUAGUUGCGAUGAUAUCACUAAUUUCUGUUACAGAAAAUGUAACUGACUAUGUUGACAUUGUUCCUGCAGAUGAAGUUAUUGAUGAAGAAGUUGCCUAUGCAGCUGAAGUUCUCGAUGUUUCUGCUGCCCCAACUACAUCAUUCAGUGGACAACCACUUUCUUUAGAGCCUCAAUCACUUCUUGGAUAUUUAAAUUAUUCUUCAAUGAUUAAAUUUGAGCAGGAAGAGAAAUUAGUGCAGGAACAUAAAAAAGGAAUUGGAUGGACUUUAGCUUACAUUAUUGAUAUUACUUCAUCCAUUAGUAUUAAAAGGGUACCUUAA